CUCUUCCUCUCUGUGCUCCUGCAACUUAAACCGAAUUCCUGGAGGAGUCUUCCGGCUUGGGCCUCCGCUGUGGUGCGGUUGUUGGGCACAAUGCUUCCGGCCUCUUGUGCCUCACUUGUGGACUGGAGACUCAGGCCUCACUCACUUCGGUUCCUCAAUUAACAGCAGAACCAUCAACAAAUGUUUGUUGGAUAAGGACAAAUAAAGAGAUUGGAAAGGAGCGAAGCCUUUUUGACUUGUUUCACUUGUUCCCGCCUACUCCAUCUUCUUCCAGUUCCAACAGUCAUGGAGAAGCGCCUUCAGGAGGCUCAGGUAUACAAGGAGGAAGGAAACCAGCGCUACCGGGAAGGAAAGUACCGAGAUGCUGUGAGUAGGUACCAUCGAGCUCUUCUUCAGCUGCGGGGUCUGGACCCAAGUCUGCCUUCCCCUCUUUCUAGUCUGGGACCUCAGGGCCCAGCUCUCACACCGGAGCAAGAAAACAUACUGCACACCAUCCAGACCCACUGCUACAACAACCUAGCUGCCUGUCUCCUCCAGAUGGAGCCAGUGAACUAUGAACGAGUGAGGGAAUACAGUCAGAAAGUCCUAGAACGACAACCCGAUAAUGCCAAGGCCUUGUAUCGGGCUGGAGUAGCCUUCUUCCACCUGCAAGACUAUGACCGGGCUCGACACCACCUGCUUGCUGCUGUCAAUAGGCAACCUAAAGAUGCCAAUGUUCGGCGGUACCUCCAGUUGACGCAGUCAGAACUCAGCAGCUACCAUAGGAAGGAGAAACAGCUGUACCUGGGCAUGUUUGGUUAAUGAAGAAAAGAGACAUUUCUCAACUUGAACUCAAGUGGACAAGCAAAGGCCCAUUGGGGAAUCUGAGCCUCACUCAGCAAAAGGAGUUCACCCUUUACCUCUGACCCAGGUGGAUUUCCAUUUUGUUUCCUGUUCUGCACAAGUUCUUUGCUCCUUAGACCAUCUGCAUCGUUUAUUGUCUGUCCCCUAGUGUAUUUGUAUGGCUUACAAUCUGAGAACAUUCAUCGACUGUGGGUGGAAUCAACUGUAUUUGUGGCAUAGAUUUAAUGGGGUGUUAUUAAAUGUUCUCAGACACAGAGGAGAGGGCCGGUGAAGGGUGAGAGAGUAAGGACAGGCAAACAGGAAUCUUCUGUAGUAUCUUCAGAUGCUUUUGUUUUGCUUAGUGGGAUUUUUUUUUCUUUUAAUUAUAAAUUGAGCCCAAGUAUAUUUACAUUAAAGAUUUGAAAUUAGCUGGGUGUGGUGGCGCACACGUUUAGUCCCAGCACUUGGGGGAGUCAGGCAGAUUUCUGAGUUUGAGGCUAGUCUGGUCUACAGAGUGAGUUCCAGGACAGCCAGGGCUACACAGAGAAACCCUGUCUGGAAAAACCAAAAACAAACAAACAAAAAAAGAUUUGAAAUUAAUCAUUUUAGGGCUAAGGCUGUAGCUCAGUGGUAGAGUGCUCGCCUAGCACGAAUAAGGCCCUGGGUUUAAUUCCCCAGUGCUACAAAACCAACCAACGAAAUAACAAGAAAUGAAUCAAACUGUUAUUUAAAUUAAUUUCUUAUACUCCUUUAAUAUUUCAGAGACAUUCAGAUUAUUUUCCUCCAUAAAAGUAUCUUCUUUCUAGGCAGACUUGGUGGUAGAUGCCUGCAAUCCCAGCACUUUGGAGUCUAAACCAUGACAAUCACAAAUUCAAGGUCAGUCAGAUCUUGUCUCAGAAUUAAAGGGCUGGAGAUAACAGCUCUGUGGGAAAACCCUGGGUUUAAUUCCCCUUUCUGGUUUUUGGUUUGCUUUGUUCCCUCCUGGUAAUUUCUAGUCCUUGCUAUUGCUUGCACUCAGAUCACUGACAAAGUACAACUUAUUUGUCAUUAAUUUAGUCUUUUUUUAAAACUUCUGGAGUGAAUGCCUGGGAUACAUGAAACCCUGUUUUUACCUUCUCUCUGACCUUGUGCCAAGAAGGAACCCAAGUGCUGGUGCACUUUCUCUGGGUGUGUGUGUAUGUAUGGUGUGGGAGCUUAAACCCACCUUGCACAUGCGAGGCAAGCACCCUGUCAUCAAGCUACACAGCUAGUCCCACAGAAUUUGGUUUGUAUUUCAAAAAGUUUCUCUGCGUAGCUUUGGCUGUCCAAGUCUGAAUAUUUCAUAGAUACAUUCUAAAGUGUUCACUUUUCUGAAAGGCAUUACUUUUGUCUUCUUGAAAGUGUACCGUAGGGGCUGGAGAGAUGGCUCAGCGGUUAAGAGCACUGACUGCUCUUCCAAAAGUCCUGAGUUCAAAUGCAGCGACCACUUGGUGGCUCACAACCAUCCCUAAUGAGAUCUGACUCCCUCUUCUGGAGUGUCUGAAGACAGCAACAGUGUACUUACAUAUAAUAAACCUUAAAAAAAAGUGUACCCUAAUAAAUCAUGACAGAACCUGUUUCCUCUUCAGCUGUCACUCUGUCUUGUAGGUGCUCAGGACCUUACAGAGGAAAGAAAGUACAAGGAAAGAUGUUUAUUGUUUAGUGUGUUGGAAGCACCUGAUAGAAUCCUGAAGAAGCUGUGUCACUCAUGGGUGCAAACCUAGGGUUGUCUUGCCUUGCCUUGCCUCGGUGGCAUUCAGCUACUGGUGGCUGGUCUGUCAUUCUGUUUACCCUGGAUCCUCUUUAUGUCAUGGCUGACAAUUAGUAGCUAAGACCAUGUAGUAGGCCUCCACCUUUAUAAGCAGAGAUAAUAAGCAUGUGUCGCUAGCCAUUAUAUAAUCAAAAACCAAAUAUGUUUCUUGGGGUGGGACCAACUAGCUUAUUAAUAAUACCUAAAACUCUCCUAAUACUCUGUGCUUCUAUGUUCCUCCCCAUAAUUUAAAUAAUAUAUCCAACAAGAUAAAAAGCUUUUCUACCAAACCUAAAAAAAUACAAGGACAGAACUAAGUAGAAUAUUUUAUCUUGCAGACUUCUUAAACUGCUAAAGUUAGCAUAUGUCUGUGAUUUCAGCACUCAAGAGUGCUGAGGCAGAAGGAUUACUAUAAGGCCAGUCUGGCUAUAUACUGAAUUCCAGACUAGCCAGACUUACCUAACAAAAUCAUGUCUUAAAAACUCAGAUGGAUAAAAUCCCUAUACUGGUUUGGCAAAAUUUUGUCAUAGUGAGUCCUGUCACAUUAAGUUAGAACCCCUUUUUUUUUUUUAAGUUUCUACUCAGUAAUUUUCCAGUAUAAAUCUCACCACUACCCCUCAAUUAUAAAUAUCCACUUGUCUAAUUGGAGUCAAUUAGGUCCAAUCUCUGUGUCCCGCUGUAAAAUCUAGUUGCUAUAGUUCCUAUGCCAUGACUGCCCCUGAAUGGUCCAUUUCCUAUGCUUUUAAAAAUAAUUAAAAUCAUUGUCAUCUUGCAUGUUUCACUUCUUCAGAGCUGGUUUUGCUUCCUGGCUGUUGUGUAAAAAUUUGAUGUUAAAGGAAGCUGUCUAUUACAUCAAUGAGGAAAAAUAAAACUGAUAUUC